AUGGCGGAUCCUCCACUUGGGAGGCAGCCUGUACAACUACAACAACGCCCGUCUACCGCUCCGAGCGUCCGCUUGAGCUGUGAGAUGUGUCGCCAGCGUAAGGUUAAAUGUGACAAACUUACCCCCUGCACGAAUUGCCAGCGACUCGGUACCGUGUGCGUCCCUGUUCAGCGCCCGCGACUGCCUCGAGGCCGUGUCCGACGGGCAGCUGAAAGCCCUUCAGAAUCGGGUGCAGCUUUGAAGGACCGGGUAGCCAGGAUUGAGCAGCUCCUUGAAGAGCUCCUCAGGAGAAAUAAAGGGAUUGAUGUAUCCAACCACGAGCCCCAGUGUCACGAUGGGAUCGACCAGGAAUCGGGGUCGGAGGCAAGGAGGACCGUCGUCGGCCCCCCAGCCACCAACAGAAAUGUAGGUGCACAGAAACCUGAGAUGUAUCUGGGUAGUACUUUCUGGGAAGAUCUCUUACAUCAGACUAGAAAUGUACAAAAUGCCACGGACCGCCCUUCAGAGGGCCAGAGGCCCCCAUUGGGGCCCACUUCCGAUUAUGGCACGGCUUUGUUGGGCCCCGUUAGCCCUCAUAGCCUUCCUGGCUCCAUGGCUUCGGUCCCGCGGGUGCGGGAGCUCUUGUGUCAAGUAUUCUUGGAUCGGGUGGAUCCUGUCUUCAAGAUUCUUCAUAGACCAUCCCUUCGUGAAUUCCUGCAAGAAGGCAAACCCUACCUGAAUUAUGACCCCGGGCAUGCUGCACCUGGGGCACUUGCCUGUGCCGUUUGCUAUGCCGCAGUCUGUAGCCUCGGCAACGAGGACUGUCGGUCUAUGUUCGGAGAGAAGAAAGAAUUCGUCACUGCAAUGUGCCAAAGAGAGACAGAAGCGGCGCUGGUGACGGCGGAUGUUGUUACUACCAAUGACUUGACUGUGUUGCAGGCCUAUGUUCUCUCGCUGGUUUCCGCUCGAUUACUAAACCAGGGCAGGCGAGUAUGGACCAUGUUGAGCAUGGCCCUCCGUGUAGCCCAAGCACUAUCGCUCCAUUAUACUGAUCCCCCUUUCCCAGUCCGGCCGUUUGAGCGGGAAUUGCGCAGGCGUUUAUAUCAGGCGAUUGGUCUCCUUGAUGUUCAGGCUUCCCUAGACCGUGCAUCUGAACCAAUGAUGCAGGCGGUUUGGCUGGAACCCCAUACACCAUCUAACGCCAAUGACGACGAUAUUAGGUUCGAUAUGGAGGAACCGGUACAGGCAUCCGAUGAGUUUACCGACACCACAUUUACGUUGAUACUCGCAAAGGCCCAAUAUGCUCUAAGGUCGCUGAAUUUCUCGGAUUUCUCAGAGCCGGGAGUGAAGUACAUGCAUUUACGGCAACAAGUUGUGCGAGACUUUCAGCAGACAGCGUCAAAUUUACUUUGUAAAUGCCAACCAGAUGCGAUAGAUUUCCACUGGUUCACCUGGAAGUCGGCUGAAUGCAUCCAUGCCUCAUUGCAGCUAAUUGCUCUGCGGCCUUUACAGCGGAAUGCCAACUUCACGCCUCCGCAAGUCAAAGAGCCGGCUGGUCUUUUGAACCUAGCUGCGAAUGUUGUUCAGAAGACUCACGAACUUAGUACCGAUCCUCGUGGCCAUCUCUGGGGUUGGUUCGAAAGCAUUUUUGCCCCAUGGCACGCACUUGCAGUCGCCAUCGCGGAAAUCUGCGUUUGUGAUGAUCCGUUGCGGAUGGAGAAAUACUUCCCCAUAGUGGAGAAAGGUUAUGAUCGAUUCAGCAGUGUGGUGACCGACUCCCAGCAACGAAUGCUAUGGGGCCCCAUGGAAAAUAUCAUGAGUCGAGCGCGCAGCAAGCGCCAUGAGCUGCUAGAAACCGUUUCCAUCGCAGCUGAGAAGCAUGCACAAUUGCAUUUCCCAACAGCAGCGACAGAUUUAUCGCAGCAGCCCUCUUUCUCCGGAAACGACUUGCAGCCGCAACUAUCUUUUCCUCUUAUUGUGGGCCAGGAAAGCAGCGGCCAGGAGCAAAUGGUUUCUUCCAUGGGUUUUCCGGAGCCCUGCAACUGGCUGGAUCCGUGGCCAACUAUGUGGGAUGAGAUUGACCCUGGAUAUGGCGGUAUCGACAAUCUUCAAAAUAGCUCGUGGUCUAAUUACGAGAUGUUCAUUGAAGGCAUAUAUGAGAGCAAUGAAGCCAUGCCGAUCCUUGGUUAA